AUGGAAGAGCUCGGGGUGUUCAGAGCACCCUUGACACGGUGGGAAUACCAAUGGCGUUGGCAUGUCGCGUUCUUGCGUAAGAUCCACCAGAUAGUCGUACCUGUCAUACUCCGUACAAGCGGGAGAUCCCCCGGGAGUGCCAAGUGGAAUGGUUAUGAGAUUGAAUUCGGGAUGAGUGCGAGCGAUUGUGCAGUGAUCUGCCGAAACCGGCCUCAAAUUGGACGGAGAGCUCCCCCAGCUUCUUAUAUAAACAAACCCUUGUAA